GUGCUGGUGUGCUGUCUUCGCUGACGUCUGUCUAAAUCAUUCCGCUUCGCUCGAUUCAGUUGCGACAACAUUUAUUUGCUUGUCACAGAGUUUCACUAUUCGUGAAACGAUCAAAGACUUGAUAUAUAUUACGAAUAAAUUGUGCUACACAUUGGAUCGAUAAAUCAGAAAGUUUCUUCUACUCUUCGCGAGAAUUCUAAGGUUCACCCUUUUCACAACCGUAGAAUAGAGGAUUGGGAAACGUCUGAAAAUUAUCCGGCACAGUUUGUUGCAACUCGCCGGGAAUGUUCUUACAUUCUACAUUGAAAAAUGGAAGCGACAACCGACUCGUCUCUUUUCCUCACGAGUUCCAACUGCACGGACCACGAUUAUGAGUAUUCGGAAAUCAGUACACAAUCCGAGAAGAAAAAACGUGUGAAAAGGCCUCCCGCGCCGAAGCCUUCUCUCUCUCUCUCCUUUAUGUCUUUGACAGACAUAGAAAAAUCACUUAAAACCAACAAAGCUUCGUCAAAGGAAACCCAAAAGGCGAAAUCUGAAGACGAAUUCUUGAAGGACUACUGUCCGUAUUCCUCCGAUAAUUGUGGUUGCAGUUCAGGUUGCACGGAUUGCGAUUACGGACUCUAUACGUACACGACUAAAAACAAGAGCAAGUUGAAAAGUAAAGACAAGAGAUUCUAUAUAAGGCCUUCGAAUAGUUUCAGACCUUUGGUGUCCGAGAAAAGUCGAAAAACUCCAAAACCAUUUAGUGCUAUAAAUAUUUUAAGGAAGAAAAAGACAGAACUUCCCAAAAUAGAAAAAGCCUUGAAAAGCAGCUACUCCGAAUCUUCCGGCAGUUGUAAUGGCCAGUCAAACUAUAUAAAACAUAACUUCAAACUAAAAACAACGAAAGACCAAAAAUCAAAAACCAAAAAGAAAACAUCAGCGAGGAAUUUGAGAAAACUGAAAACAACGAGAAUUGUGAAAACUCUAAAAUUGCGUAAGAACAAGAAAGUUUCAAAGAAAGCAGCUACAAAAGUUUCUGAAAGAACCGUUAUGAAAAAUUGGUUUCCUGAUUCAUCUAUUAAUUAUGAAUGCAAUUCGGAUUAUACAGACUGCGAAAAGCGCAUAACUAUAAAGAGAAAAAAAUUGAAAAGCAAAUCCAGAAGAGUGAAAACUUCAACAAAACCGAAAAUGCCUUCAGUAAUCGAUGAAAGUAAUGAUGACAGUUAGAAAUGAAAAGAAUUCGAAGCAAACAGCAGAAGUACGUCCUGAAAAACGUGUAUCGUCACGGUCCUAUUAUUCUGAAAAAGUGAUUCUUACUUCACUGAUGAAAAUUGCUACUAACAAGAAAGCAAAAUCCGCCAGUCAU